AUGGGAGGCAGAACACUUUUUUGCACACUGGAGGUACACAGCGGGAGUGGUGAAUGUACGCGGAGGACGUUUAACGUCGAGCGAGUGCCGCGUACCCUCCGUGAGGUGGUAGAGCUGCUUAAGGGACAGGACCUGCGACUGCAAAGUGGUGCAUUCGACAUUAGCAUCAGCCACACUGACACCGGCAGUCUACAGACGCUACGUGUUGACAAAGACGUGGCGAAGUUCUUCUCUUCCUCCAAUCUAAACGACGCCUUCUUCAAGGUUGCGCUCAAAGAACGCUUGGGUAGGCUCGCUAGCUCAAUGCUAGCUGACGACGGCCUUGUGCACCUGCGCAUAUAUCACCUCGGUAGCGAUGUGGUAACGGAGAAGCGAUUCAUUCCACCUCGGCAGGGUGUGCUGAAGGCUCUGGCAAUGGCUGUGCGCGAUGCCGUUCAGAAACCGCCUCCGGCGUCGGUGAGUAUCCAGCUCUACGCCGUCGGGAGUGACAUCUGCGAUAAGCGUCCUCUGCGGGACGAAGACGCCGUUAACAAACUGCUACGAUCGUGCCUGGCAGCUCGCUCGCCUUGUCUUUUGACGUACCACUUUGGCAAUGAAGGUGCCUUCAACAAAAUCGAUGCGCCCAAAACACACGCGCCACUUCACGACACAAAAGAUAUACAUCCUCCCUCAAAAACAAAUCAAGUCAACGGGGCACAACCUAACGGGUCAAGUCACGAUGACAAAAGUGCUCCCUCUGAAGCAGUGAAGCGUACAGAUGAGGCCAAUGCUCCCUCUAAGGCAGCGAAGCAUGCAGAUGAGGCCAAUGCUCCCUCUAAGGCAGCGAAGCAUGCAGAUGAGGCCAAUGCUCCCUCUAAGGCAGUGAAGCAUGCAGAUGAGGCCAAUGCUCCCUCUAAGGCAGCGAAGCAUGCAGAUGAGGCCAAUGCUCCCUCUAAGGCAGUGAAGCAUGCAGAUGAGGCCAAUGCUCCCUCUAAGGCAGUGAAGCAUGCAGAUGAGGCCAAUGCUCCCU